AUGAGGCGCUUCCUGAGCAGAAAGGGUCGCUUCUCCCUGCGCCAGAGCAAGUCUGGAACCCGGAGUGCCUCCAAAGAUUUCUUUCCUGAUUGCAGCAUUUUGCAAUUUUCCUUUUCUGUCCAUCUUCCAGACCUUGGCCUCCCAGCAACCAAUCAGAACUGGCCCGAGGCGUUUGGCUUCCGACUGGGUGGCACUGGGCCCAGCUACAUCCUGUCCGUGGUGGAGGGCAGUAGUGCCUACCUGGCUGGCCUGCAGCCCGGGGACCAGGUGGUGGACAUCGAGGGCCAGGAUGUGACCAACCUCAGCACACCGGCGCUUGUCGCUCUGGCUCAGACCCUCAAGACGGUGCCACCUAGCAUCGGAGUAGUGUCACGCAUCGAACAGAUUGACGUCACUCCUGGCCCAGAUGGCCGUUUUGGCUUCACCAUCAUCGGAGACUGCCCUCUGAUGGUGGAGGACUGCAUGCCCAACGGUCCUGCCGGUCGCAAUGGCCUCAAGGCCGGGGACUAUGUCAUGGAGGUCAACGGCAUCCCAGUGAAGCAUCAUGAAACGGCAGCGGCCAUGAUCAAAGCCGCUCAGGGGCGGCCUCUGCGUCUGGGCGUGCUCAGUAUGGCCCGGCGGCCCAAGAGGCUGAGCAGCAGCAUGAGGGUGUUGUCGCAGAGCGGGGACAGCAUCAGGGAGAGCCGCGCCCACAAGGCCAUGGAGUUCAAUAAGAAAGUGGAGGAAGUGCUAGGGGAGGAGCUGGAUGUGAAGGAGCAGCUGUUUGAGGUUCUGAAGCGGUACGCUGCCGAGAGAGACGUGGAGAGUCUGGCUGAGGCGCUGCCCGACAUCUUGAUCACAGAGGAGCACCAGCAGCUGAUUGACAACGUCAGGAUCUUCAUUCCCAAGAAGCACCGGGAGCGGUUUGACGAGGUGGUCAACCAGAGCCUGAUGAGCCGGAUCAAAGGGCGGAGCUUCAGCGACCCCAGCCGCCAGCACCUUCGCCGCAGCCGGAGCGAGGAUCACGCCGAACGCCUUCUGGUCUCCACCCGAGCCAGUUCAGUGCCACGCACCCACGCAGAGGAAGGCGUGGUCCCCCCCGCCCGCGGCAUGCGCAAGACCACCUCCCUCAUAGCUGGGCACUCCACUCAAAUUUGUCAAUGUAGGACGGUGAGAGUGUGUAAGGGUAACACGAGCUUUGGCUUCACUCUAAGAGGCCAUGCUCCAGUGUGGAUCGACUCUGUCAUCCCCGGAAGCCCAGCAGACAAGGCAGGACUAAAACCAGGAGACCGCAUCAUGUUCCUCAAUGGACUGGACAUGAGGACCUCGUCCCAUGAGAAGGUGGUGUCCAUGCUCCAGGGCAGCGGUGCUAUGCCCACUCUGGUAGUGGAGGAUGGUCCGCCCUCUUUCAGCCUGUCAGAGCAGGACCUGGCGGGGGCCAGCGUUCCCACAGAGGGGGCCCGCUCCCCUGUCCUCAGCUCCCUGCAGUGGGUGGCAGAGAUUCUUCCGCCCAGUAUCCGGGUUCAGGGACGCACCUUCGGACAGCAGCUCGAGCACCUGCUGACCAUCCAGGAGAAGUACACCAUCUGCAAGGCUCUGGAGAACUUCUUCCAGCACAGGAAUGUGGACACUCUGAUCGUGGAUGUGUUCCCGGUGCUGGACACUCCUGCCAAACAGGUGAUCUGGCAGUUUGUCUACCAGCUGAUGACGUAUGAGGAGCAGGAGCACUGCCAGAGCAAGAUCUCACGCUUUCUUGGAUACAAAGCGCCAGUUCCACCACCACCACCUCCUCCCCCUCCUCCGGACCCCGAGGUUGCCCCCGAGCCCCAUCGGCGUAGCAGCUCCAUGAGGGUGACAGGGACCACGUACAGGAGCAGUGUGAGGGGGCGUAGCUCUGAUGACCUGGUCAUUGGCACACACUUGGGCAUGGGCUUCCGUGCAGAGGCAGUGCUGGAUGCAGGGAUGAGGUUGGCUCCAGGAGAGAGACAGUCAGGAGAUGGUACCUCCCUUCCUGAGACUCCCAACAACCUCACCAAUCUGUCGGCAGUGUACGCUGAACUGGAGAACAUGUAUUCUGGCAAGAGGUCCAAGUCUCUGAAGAAUCGUCCUCCUCCUGCCCCCGACAGUUUGCUGGAACUGGAGCCUCCCUCACGCACAGCCUCCCCUACAACACAUGCUAACACAGGUAGCCGUAAAGCCCCGCCUACAUCCUGGCCGGAGCCUCUUCCCAGUCCCCCUCAAUCCCAGUUCUAUUCAUCGGGGCUUACGAGUCAGACCAGUGGGGAGUCUAACCCCUACAUCAGCCUGGACAGUCCCCCUACAUCCCCUCCAGAGCCCCCUGACUUCCCAUCCAGCCCCCCUGCCCACCGCAACAACAAGCGGCGUUACACCUUCUCCAAACCACCGCGCUCAGAAGACACAGAUCGCUUUCUGGACGCUCUGAGCGAGCAGCUGGGACAGAGGGUGGCCAUCAUCGAUGACUUCCUGACUCCGGAGAACGACUAUGAGGAGGAUAUUGUGCAGAUGGGCUUCCCAGAUGAUGAUGAUGAUGAUGAGGAUAUUGAAGAGGACUUGGGGGUGGACGAAGAUGAAAAUGAAAAUGGAGGAUUCGUGGCCCCAGAGCUCAGCAGUCCGAGUGAUGUUCAAAGCAGCAGUGGAGAAGAGAACGCUUCCUCCCUCACCUACUCUUCCUGCUCUGACCACAUCCCUCCACCUCCAAUGUCCCCUCCACCACCUCCGCCUGUUCAGUUCAAUGACCCGCCUCCCCCACCCCCCCCUCCAACACCUGCACAGACUCAGUCUCAGCAACAGCAACAGCAACAGCUCAGCUACACCCCUGAACAAUCCCCAAGAGCAUAUGUGCCCAUCCGCCGGAAGUCUGGCCCUCCUCCACCACCUCCACCUCGCAAUCACCUUCCACCUAAACGACACUCCUUACAUAAAGUCAUGCCCAAAAGAGAUGACCUUCAAGUCCAGCAACAGAUCUACCAGAGCCAUCACUCCAUGCCUAACCAGCCAACACAGCAGAAAGCCCACUCACCGCUUCCUCUCCAACAGCUCCACCAGUCCUUACCCCCACUCCCCUCUCCAGACUCCACCCAUCCCCACGCUAACCAUCCUCUGUAUAUGAUGCGCCAAGCACAGCAGCAACAGGCCCACCAAAGUCAUCUCCACCGACGUCUGUCACGAUCAGCCCCACCUCCACACCAGCCGUCGCCCCAACCGACCGGCCAUCCUAACCAACAUGGUCAAUACUCUGAGGGUAUCUACCAAAGCCAUCAGGGCAUGGGACCCCAGGCCCACCAUUCGUCCACGGAGAUGCUCAACCAGAUGCAACAAGCCCCAGCUCAUCAUUCCUCUGCAGAGAUGCUCCAUCAGUUGCAACACGCCCAAGCCCACCACUCAUCCACUGAGAUGCUCCAUCAGUUGCAACACGCCCAAGCCCACCACUCAUCCACUGAGAUGCUCCAUCAGUUGCAACACGCCCAAGCCCACCACUCAUCCACUGAGAUGCUCCAGCAGUUACAACAGGUCUUCUCGUCUUCAGAAAUGCUCCACCAAGCGCACAAGACCAAGGCCCAUCACUCCUCCACAGAGCUUCUGCACCAAGGUCACCAGAUGCAGCAAAUGCAGCCCCACCACUCCUCGACUGAACUUCUCCACCAGGCGCAACAGAUGCAUCGGGGUCAACCCCACCACUCAUCUACUGAGAUGCUCCAGCAGUUACAACAAGCCUUCUCGUCGUCAGAAAUGCUCCACCAAAUGCACAAAGCCCAGGCCCAUCACUCCUCCACAGAGCUGCUCCAUCAAGCUCACCAAAUGCACCAAACAAAGCCCCACCAUUCCUCCACGGAGCUUCUGCAUGAAGACUGUCAAGAACCUGCCUCCCUCCCUUUUCAGGUGAACCGGGACAGCCACUCCCACCAGAGUCGGAGGAGUCUUAAAGGUCAUCAUCAGACCCCGGUGUCGCCACAAGGGAGACCCCAAGAUCAGCAGCUCCACCAAACCCAUCACCCCCAGCCCACCACACCUUCUCCCCAAAGACCCCACUCUAUACAGCAGACCCACCACCACUCCAGCUCCCCUCAGAUCCACCACAUCCACCACAUGACCCCUCAGCCGCCCCCGAAGGACUACCAACACCAGAUUCACGUCAUCCACCCUCCCCAGCAGCCCCACAGGCCUCAGCCCCUUCUCUCCACCUUUCAGCCACUCCAGCCACACCAGACCACCCUCUCCACCUUCCAGCCUGUGCCCCAACACCACCAGUCCCAGCACCAGGUCCAGCCCCCCCCCCAAGCCCCCCGCCCGCAGUCCCAUGACCCGUCAGAGCACCGCGACCCCCCUCCCCCUCCUCCCCUGCCUCCACCCUGCACCCCUCCACCGUUGCCAAGGCCUUCACUCUCCAGAAUGGACUCCAACCACAUGAGUGUGAAGAGGCUGCGCUGGGAGCAGGUGGAAAACUCAGAGGGGACGAUCUGGGGACAGUUGGGAGCAAAUUCUGACUAUGACAAACUGCAUGACAUGGUGAAGUAUCUGGACCUGGAGCUGCACUUUGGGACACAGAAGAGCUCCUUGCCUGUUCCAGAGCAAUGCCGCCUACCGCAAACCUUCAAGAAGAAAGAUGUGAUUACAAUUCUGUCACAUAAGAAGGCCUACAAUGCCUCAAUCCUGAUAGCCCACCUGAAGCUGUCUCCUGGUGAGCUGCGUAAGGUGCUGAUGAACAUGGUCACUGACCGGCUGGAGCCAGCACACAUCAAACAGCUGCUGCUGUAUGCCCCCGAUGCAGAGGAGGUCAAAAAGUAUGAAGAGUACAGAGAGGAUCCCAGCAAACUCAGUGAGCCGGACCAGUUUGUGUUGCAGAUGUUAUCAGUACCAGAGUACAAGACCCGCAUGGAGUGCCUCCUCUUCAAAUGUUCACUGCAGGAAAAGACAGAGGAGAUGAGGGGAGCGUACGACUGUCUUUACAAAGCUUCCAUGGAGCUGAAGACCAGCAAGAAGCUGGCUAAGAUACUAGAGUUUGUGCUGGCGAUGGGGAACUACUUGAAUAACAGCCAGCCUAAAACCAACAAAACUACAGGCUUCAAGAUCAACUUCCUUACAGAGUUGAGCACAACCAAAACAGUGGAUGGGAAGUCAACAUUUCUACAUAUUCUGGUCAAGUCGUUAUGUCACCACUUCCCUGAUGUGUUGGAUUUUUCCAAAGAUUUAACUAUGGUUCCUCUUGCAGCAAAAGUAAACCAGAGGAUUAUCACGUCAGAUCUGAAUGACCUUCAUACAACCAUACAGGAAAUCCGCUCAGCGUGUCAGAAGAUGCCUGUGACGGCUGAGGACCGAUUUUCUGUCGUAAUGAGUAACUUCCUGGAAAACAGUCAUCCAGCUCUGCAGUCUCUGGAGUCCCUGCAGCAGAGAGCUAUGGAGGAAUUCAGCAAAACUGCCUCUUACUUUGGAGAAGACGGCCAAUCCACAAACACUGAGGCCUUCUUUGGUAUCUUUGCGGAUUUCCUUAUCAAAUUUCAGAGAGCUCUCAAUGAUCAACAAGCUGUAGAAAACCAGAAGAGCCCCAGAAGUCAACGACUGGCCUCUCCACUGGCCUGGUAACACACACACAAAGACACACACACAUAUGGCGAGGACAACAUAGUUCAUCGUUCAUACGGUGCAUAUAAGUACAGACACAGAUCCUAAUAUACUGUAUAUACACACACAUAAAACUAAUGAGGGAGAAACUUUAAAAUGAGGCAAAAAUAAAUGUAUUUUGCAUCAAAGAUGGACGAUUAAGCCUUAUACCAGUGGUAUAGUAUAUAUUGAAUAUCUUUUCAAAACGAAACUGAGUUUUUGUUGCGUCUAACACUUUAAUGACUAAGACUGCUACAUAGGAAACCAUGUUGUUUGGUUGUCAGGGUAUCAGUUACUCAGUAACAUCCUGUAGUUAAAGUUUUCUUUCGUUUGGCCUCAA